GUUAUCGAUUACCUGUCUGCUCGGUUGCCAUGGCAGCAAUUGUUUUGGAACAAACAAAACAUAAAUAAAAUGUAAGAACUGAAAAUUAUGCAGCUGCUAUAAAUUAAAGAAAAUGCGUGGCGUGCUGAAAUGGUUAGAGCGCAUCGAAUUUCCGAAUGCCAAAGACGAGAAUACCAGCGUGCAUUCGGUUUGCUAUGCGCCCGAUGGCAGCCAAUUGGUUGUGGCAGCAGGUGAGCGCUUGCUCAUCUACAAUCCAAACGACGGCUCGUUGCUGAACACAUUGAAAGCGCACAAAGACAUUGUCAAUUCGGUGGUUUAUUCACGCGAUGGCAAACGCUUUGCGAGCGGUGCAGCAGAUAAGAUGGUCAUUGUGUGGUCGCCGCAGCUGGAGGGACUGCUGAAAUACUCGCACGGUGACUCCAUUCAGUGCAUGUGCUUCAAUCCCGUCUCGCACCACCUGGCCUCUUGCUCAACCUCUGACUUUGCUUUUUGGUCGGCGGAUCAGAAGGCUGUGCAAAAGUAUAAAAUAGGCUCACGCGUCAAUGGCUGCGCCUGGACAAACGAUGGACAGUACUUGAUCUUGGGUCUGGCAAAUGGCAGCGUUUCCAUACGCAGUAAACUGGGCGAGGAAAAGAGUCGCAUCGAUCGGCCAGGUGGCUCGAGCAGCUGCGUCUAUAGCGUACAAUGCUGCCCAGUCAAUAGUGCGGGCAGCGUGGACACCAUUGCCGUUGCCGACUGGGGACAAACGCUGUCCUUUCACACCCUGAGCGGUCAGGUGAUUGGCAAGGAGCGCGCUCUAGGAUUCGAUCCGCUCUGCAUGCAAUACUUUCCCAAUGGCGAGUUUUGUGUGGUUGGCGGCUGCACCGGCAGCCUGCACUUCUUUACACGCGAUGGCGUUCGCCUGGGCACCCUCGGUGAUGGUUUCGACUCGUGGAUCUGGUCGGUGGCACUGCAUCCCAGUGGACAGUCCUACACCAUUGGCUGUCAGGAUGGCACGCUAGCCUGCUUCAACAUAGCCUCCAGCACGGUACAUGCUCUGUAUCGGGAGCGCUACGCCUUCCGCGAGAACAUGUGCGACGUGAUCAUUCAGCAUCUGAUGUCGGGCCAGAAGGUGCGCAUCAAGUGCCGUGAUCUCGUCCAGAAAAUCGCCAUCUAUCGAAAUCGCCUGGCCGUGCAGCUGCCGGAGCGUGUAGUGCUCUACGAGCUGAGCUCCACGGAGAACCAGCCGAUGCACUACAAAGUGAAGGAGAAGAUUCAGCAGAAGUUCGACUGCAGCCUACUCGUGGUCUGUGGCCUGAAUAUUGUGCUGUGCCAGGAGAAGCGUCUGCAGUGCCUGGACUUUGAGGGCGCACUGCAAAGAGAGUGGAUCAUGGACUCGUUUAUACGUUAUAUCAAAGUUACAGGUGGUCCGCCGGGUCGUGAGGGUCUCAUGGUGGGCCUCAAGAACGGUCAAGUGUUUCGCAUAUUCCUGAACAAUUCGUUGCCUUUGCUGAUUACGACGGCGGUGUCGGCGGUGCGUUGCUUGGACAUCAAUGCCAAUCGCAGCAAGAUAGCGGUUGUCGAUGAUGCCGGACGGCUGGUGGUGCGAGAUUUGCUCAACGAUACGAUACUGUAUCAGGAUGUGGGCGUGAAUAGCGUCACUUGGAAUACGCAUCUGGACACAAUGCUCUGUUACACGCACACCACGGGCGGGCUGAGUGUGCGAGUGGGCAAUUUGCCACCGCGAGCACCACAGAAUAUGCACGGCGUGGUGGUGGGCUUGUGUGGUGCAACUGCAUUUUGUCUGCGCGGCAACAUAAUGCACAAUACGCCGCUGGCUCUGGGAGCCACCAUGUGGCAGUUCAUCGAGGCGGGCUUGUUUGACGAGGCCUACCAGGUGGCCUGCCUUGGCGUUACCAACAGCGACUGGGAGGGCCUGGCGCAAUCUGCUCUAGAGGCUCUGCACAUCAAUAUUGCACGCGAUGCUUAUGUCAAGGUGCGCAAUCUGCCUUGGCUGCAGCUCAUCGGCGAGCUGCGUGAGCAACAGCAGCGCGCCACCGUGCCCAAGGAAGUGCUGCUCGGCGAGAGCUGCGCCUUUGCGGGCAAGUUCAAAGAGGCCGCUCGUUUGUUCCUCAAAUGCAAUCAAACCUCUCGAGCGCUCGAAAUGUACACUGAUCUGCGCAUGUUCGAUCUGGCACAGGAGUAUCUGAAGGACGGCAGCGAAGCCGAGAAGCGUGAGCUCGUGCGCAAGCGUGCCGAGUGGGCGUACUCUGUGAAGGAACCCCGAGCAGCGGCUGAGCUGCUGCUCUCCGCCGGCGAGCAUCAAAAGGCAAUAGACAUUGUGGCCGAGCAGGGCUGGGCAGAUGUCCUGUACGACAUUGGCCGCCGCUUGAGCCUCAGUGAACGCGAUGCUGUCUUAUCGGUUGCUCAGAAUCUGAAGAAGCUUAAGGCCUUGCCACUCGCUGCUGAGAUGUUCAAGAAGCUGGGUGACGAGGCUCAGGUGGUGCAGCUGCAUGUCGAGGUGCAGGAUUGGGCAGAAGCGUUUCGUUUGGCAGAGGCUUUGCCAGAACUGCUGCCCACUGUGCACUAUCAGCAUGCGCAGUGGCUGGCUGAAACGGAUCAGUUUAUUGAAGCGCAUCAGGCCUAUUUAAAGGCUGGACGCACCAAGGAUGCGAAUCGUCUGCUGAAGCAGCUCAGCAACACGGCCAUUGUCGAGAAGCGUUACCUGGAUGCCAGCUAUUUCUACUGGCUGCUGGCCAAACAGUAUCUGGAUAUCUAUCACGAGAAACCUGAGCAAAAUGCCAUUGAUCAUCAUCUGAACGAGUACAAAAACCAUUUGCGCAUUGCUAAGGUCUACUAUGCGUACAGCGUCAUCUUCAGCUACAUGAAGGAACCCUUUACCACCCACUCGCCUGUCAGCCUCUUCAAUGUGAGCCGUUUCAUAUGCAAUGAGGUGGAAAACAAGGGCGCGCCCAAGGGCGUCAGCAUGUUUUCUGUCUUGUUCACGCUGGCCAAGCAGGCCAAAUUGCUGCAGGCCAACAAGCUGUGUCUGCUGGUCAACAAGCGUUUGCAGUCGCUUAAGCCACCCGCAGGCGUUCAGGAGCAAAUCGAUCUCAAUUUCCUGAAUAGCAAGGCCUGCAAGAGCGGCUUCAAUGAUCCCGAGGAGCUGCUGCCGUUGUGCUAUAAGUGCUCCAAUUACAGCCAGCACUUAAAUAACAAUACGUGCCCCACCUGCCGACAGGACUACAUAUUUUCAUUUGUUUCGUUUGAAAUCUUGCCUUUAGUACAAUUCUAUCCGGAGGUGGACAUCAGCGACGCCGAGGCGGAGCGCUUGCUUUUGGCACCUGCCAAGAAUGCCGAGGAUGCGGAUCCCUUUAAUGAAGAUGUGGCCAGUGCGCUGCCCUUGAGCUUAGAUCGCAAUGCAUUGCGCGCUAUUGAUCCCAAUCAUGUGCUAAUACUCAAGCGCCAGGAUAAGCACAUACGCAACAUAUACUAUCGUAAUAUAUUGCCCGAUCUUCAGGUCACCUACUGCUCCGAGUGUCUGCUGUUGUUCUACGCGGAGGACUUCGAGCUGCAGGUCCUGCAAAAGGGUCAUUGUCCGUUCUGUCGCACCUCGUCGGAUCUGCUGCUGAAAGACUUUUGAGUAACAUAAAGUACAAUGCUCGUUCGUUGCUUAGGAACAGUUUAAUUUUAGACAUUUAGAAAGCUAGCCUAUGUUUAACUUAAAACGUGAUGUUUUUAACAUAUCCGUCCAACAAAUAGAAACUAAGAAACU